AUGUCAUUAUUAAAAAAUAAUUUUUUUUUAUUAUCAACCAAAAAAGCACAAUUAACAAAUAAAAUAAAUGCAAAUAGAUUUAGAGCUUUUACAUAUAAUAGAACAGUUAAAGAUGGAACAGUAGUAAAGCAACCAAUACCUAAAGACCCUCAUACAGAUCCCCAUCCAGAAAAACCAAAUGAACUAGAUCCUAAAGGUGGUUUACCUCCAAAACCAAAUACACCACCCACUCCAUUCCCUGAAGGUCCUAAGAAACCAAAACCUACAGACUUUCCAAUCCCUGACGAAUUGUAUCCGCAACCAAUAUAA